AUGAAGGUCCAUAGCCUUCUACAGAGGGCUUGUAUCGUUCGUUGUCGUCUUCCGCCCCUCCCACUGGAGAUCUGGUACCAGAUUCUCGACUUUACAUUGGAUAUACCAGAAGCCCUCGGUUCAACAUGCACUAGUGAGGGUAUCUGGGAAUAUCUUUACUACCAUCGCUUUCAACAGCAUAGUCUAUCGGGCAAGCGGGUCGAAACUUACACCAAACUAAGCACACCAUGGUCAGAUAGCUAUACCGCUGAUCCUAAGCACCCCUACGAGCUACACAGAAAGCAAAGACUAAACUUGCGUUUAGUCUGCUCGACGUGGGAUACUAUUCUACGACAGUGUCCCACUGCGUGGUCAUUUGGAAGCUCUGCAAAGGACUUCCGGUUCGUCAAACGCCUAGAUCUCAUAUUGGCUCACACCCAAGGGAUGCCAAAUCACGAUCAAAAUAUAAUCACUAGUGCAAGGGAUCUCAAUCCGGCACGCUUGCGCAUUCUUGCCAUUUACGAUUCCUCUUCCUCCUCGCCAACACAUGGAGAUGCGGCACCCACAAUCUUUGACUUGAUAAAGCAACGACCAGAGAUUGUGCGGAACCUAUCGUGUUUCUCGUAUACGGGCGCGCAUAUGGGCCAUUUCGACUCUCUGUGGCCCCUCUUCAUCAAUCUCACCACGCUCAUUGUUGAAAUGGGAGAAAUUAUCGAAAUGAACGUAGAGCUUCCGCGGUUACAGGUGCUGAUGCUCAAAUCUACGAGGAUUCGCGUACGAAAAUGGCGCUGUCCGUCGUUGCGCCAUUUAGUACUGGUUUACCUAUACAGUAUCAUUGCGCCAUUAAACCUCGAAAUUCCUGCCAUCAUAUCGCCGUCCUCUCUCCUCACACUCGUUGUUUACAAUCGUCGGCUAAUAGUCAACGAGGAAUUUUGGCAGUCUUACUCAUCCCUCAUACACAUCGGGUCCUCAAAUCUUGAUUAUCAAUAUCCGCCACCCCUACAUCAUCCUUUAUCUCAUCUCAGUGUCAUUGAUCCCGUACUGUCCGAGAGCACAGUGACUGCGCUCCGCUCACUCACAAGCUCGGGACAUCCUAUCAAGUCUAUUCGCUUCCUUCCCUACUAUCACUAUCGCUCAUUCGAUUCUCCUGUCGAGAGAUGGAAUCAGCUCCUUCGGCACAUACGAGACCUCAGGAUCCUUGGUCCAUUUGUUCCUUUUGAGCUGAUUGAACGGGCGAGUGGCCUGAACGGCUAUACCUGGAGACGCUCCAGGAGUGUCAUGUUAGGUCCAUGGCCAAGGGAGUCAUGGUGGAUUGAAAUGUGGCUAGAAAGCCGGAUAAAACGAUGGGAAGGCCUCGCGAUAAUUAUUUCGUUUGGAAUGUCUGCUACAGCCGUAACUCUUGGUGCAACUGUGGCUUCAUUCCAUGGAGCGCAACUCUUCACCGUCGAUGAGCGCAGGUGGCUGGUCGUUCUUGACUUUUUACAGUAUGAACUAGUUGGUUUGGCAAUGCUCCUUCUCUUUCUGGUCGUUCACUCCAUCUAUAUAGGGCUAACUGGCCAGUAUUAG